GCAUUUCCGUUUGAGUUCCUCUGCCCCGCCCACGUCUGCAUGUUUUGGUUUGAAUGGAACCAACCAUGAAAGGAGGUGGAUUUCUUUUCAGGAGAGGGCUUUUGGAAUACCUCGAGUGCACCUGUGUCAUUGACGUGUAAAACUUGAAAAUGAAGAGGACUAAAGAAUCCGUGAAACCUAAUUUGGUGGAUGUUUGUCAGCUUUGUAAACGAAGUGACGACAGCCCUGAAAAAUAUGGAGAAAAAAUUACUAUCCCGGAGCACAAACUCACCAUCCACUAUUUCUGCCUGUUGAUGGCCAGUGGCAUAUGUCAACGUGGAGGAGAAGAUGAAGGAGUUCACGGGUUUUUAGUGGAUGACAUUGUCAAGGAAGUACAAAGAGCUUCUCGACUGAAAUGUAACUGUUGCAAGCAGAAGGGUGCAGCAAUUGGAUGCUCUGUGAAAUCCUGCCGGAAGACGGUCCACUUCCCUUGUGGGGUGCAACUGGAAUUCCUCUAUCAGUUUACUGACCUAUUCCCGUCAUUUUGUCGAGAGCACCGGCCCACCCAGACGUGCACGGUGCCCCCCAAUGGGCCACUGUCCUGCUCCGUAUGCCUAGAGCCCAUUGAGCCGGUCCUCUCCUACUCCGUGCUCAAGUGCCCUGCCUGUCACGGAAGCUGGUUUCACAGAGACUGUGUGCAGCUCCAGGCUCAGAAUGCUGCCCAGUUCUUCUUCCGCUGCACCAUUUGUAGCAACCAGGAAAGCUUCCAGGCGGAGAUGCUUCGCAUGGGAGUCCACAUACCUGAGAGAGAUGCAUCGUGGGAAUUGGAGGAUAAUGCCUACUCGGAUCUGCUGCAGGUGUACCAGCACUGCGAUGCCUUCACGUGUCAGAGCAGCCUGGGCAGAGACUUCAGUGCUGAGUCAGGGAAGUUUGAGAUCAUCCGCUGCAGCUUCUGCGGCUCUAAUGGAACGCACCGGAAAUGCUCCUCCCUGAAAGCCAACCAGAACAACUGGGUUUGUUGUGGCUGCAAGUCUGUGGUGGACGGAACAGCUACUCUCCCUCGGCACAUCCAGUCACCCGUGUCCGAGCGCCACGAGAAGAGGAAGAGACUGUCCACCCGUAACUCCUCCGUUCUGUCGAAAAGGCGCUUGUUGCACUCAAGCCCGCGGGCCAUCCUGCUGGAGCUGAGCUCUCGGAUCCGAGGCGAGCAGCCCGGCGGCAGGCUCGAGGUGCGGGAGGGCCGGCUGCUGGAGGCCGGGCUGGAGCUCCUGCGGAGGCCCGACUUCAACCCCGAGCUUGGCAUCAGCGUGCACUUCGCCGGCGAACACCAGUUCCACGGCAGCAGCGACCUGCGCCGCUUCUUCCGUUUCCUGCUGCAGAGCAUACAGACCUCGUCGCUCUUCAAGGGCCCCGAGGGAGACAAGAACCUGGCCCUGGACUCACAAGCUGUGCGCCAGGACCGGUACUAUGAGAUGGGCUGCCUGAUGGCCCUCAGCAUGCUCCAUGGGGGCCCUCCGCCGAGCUUCUUCUCCAAAGCCCUCUACUUCUCGCUCUUCCACUUCCCCAAGGACUUCCAGUUCAGCUUCAGCGACCUCAACGAGAUCGGCCUGGUCAACAAAAUGAGGAAGAUAAAGGAGUGUAGAACUGCGGAGGGCUUACGAGAAGCCAUGAAGUCCAUGAGCGAGUACCUGGAGGUGUCCGGCUGCAACAGGGAGGUGGAGACCGGCCACGAGAAGUACGCCCUGCUGGACGACAUGCUCAACUUCCACAUGAUGGUCAGGUUGCAGUUGCCCCUACAGAGAUUCCGUGAAGGUCUGAGGACGAUGGGCGUUUACGAGCAGAUCCAGAUGACUCCCGAGGCUUUCUACCAGCUGUUCUGCUUCCCCCAAGAAAAGCUGUGUGCUGACUCCAUGGUGACCAUGUUCUCCCCCCAGUUCUCCGAGCGCGAGGACUACCGGGCACGGGAGGGGCUUACGGCCAAACACUGGCAACAGUUCCUGACGGAGUGUGAGGAGGGAAGAUGUGCCAGUUCUCUGGAGGACGUCUUGGUGUUUGCCACCUCGUCGGACACCAUCCCCGCCGUGGGCUUCGUGCCUCCCCCCACCAUGUCCUUCCUGCCGGCGGCCGACCCCUCCUACGCCUUCCCUCAGCGGCAGCCCGACGCCAACCGCCUCCUGCUGCCCGUCACGCCCUCCUACAGCUCCUUCAAGAAGAACAUGGAGUACGCCGUGUGCCAAGUCACCGUCAUCCAGGACCCGUAGGGACUCUCCCACUCUCACCCGUUACUCAUGCCAAGCAUAGGAGAGGAGGGGCCCCCCCCCGGAUAAUGAUGAUGUUGGCAUUGCCAGUUUACACCACGUUCGAGUUGCUGUUCUGUCACUGACAAGUUAUUUCAUGGCUCCCUCCCCCCACAGAAAGUUGCUUGUGUUGUGCCUCUCGGGUCCCCGGUCAAUAGGCCCCAUGUGCCUCGAGUCUCAGACACCCUGCAGGAUCAUGUAGCCAUGUACAGAUGUUGUAUCUGUUGUUCCCCACUUCCUUCAAUAACGGCUGCUUUGUUUUUUUUGUACCUAUCUUCUGUUUCUCUGUCCUGAUAGUGCAUAGUAUUUAGUAUAGUGUUUCAUUAUCUACUCUCUUUCUGCUCAGAAUGUAAGCUUUACUGCAGUAAACUGUUCGAAAUCUUAA